CUUUUGCGCGCCUCUCUCAUUCUCUCUCACUUAAAGAAAGGACCAGGGAGACGGAGCAAGCAGCAUGGCGGCGCCCAUGCCGCCCACGGGCACGAUUGGGGCUGCGGCGAGCGAUGCUGAGCGGCGGCGCACGCUGCCCGAGCCCGUCGUCUCCUUUGACCUGCCCGUCGUCGCUCGCCCGUUGCCGGAUGCUCGCCCAUUACCGUCAGGGACUGGGGCAGGAGCAGGGGCGCAAAGGGACGGAGUCGCCGUCGCCAGUGUUAAGAGAGCAUCCGACGAGCUGGACCUCGAGGCGAGCCUGACGCUCGUCCAGUCGCUGCGCCAGAGCCGGCUGACGCACCUGACGGCGCUCCUCCCCUUUCUCUCGACUCGGCACCGCACCGCGACGCGGUACCAUGCGCCGCCGCGGGGCUACCCCUUGCCGGCCGACCUGGAUCCGACAAAGGCAACGCACAGCCAGACGCACCUGGCGCGCUGCGACGUCGCUAUUGGGCCCCUCAUCUUUCCUCGGACGCGCUUCGGCGAGGCUUCGUCGGCGACGGCGCCUCUCCCUGCUCCCCCUCAAGCCCUUCAUCCCCAUCCUUCUCAACAUCCUUCCCAUCCUCCUCCUCUCCCGGCGACAUCUCACUUGGCAACGCCGGCGGCGACGGGCACGGCUCGGCCUGUGGGUCCUUCAUCGGCUGCUCGUCCCACGGCUCCCUCCUCGUCCGUGGGGCCUCCCACGUCAGCCGCUGCAGCACCAUCAGGGCCCGCAGCAGCAGCAGCAGCAGGGUCGGGAUCAGGGGCAGGAGCAGCAUCAGGAGCAGGGACAGGGACAGGGACAGGGACGGGAGCAGGACCAGGGGCAGGUACCACAGCCUCAGGCGGAGCACCAGCGCCAGCACCAGCGCCACGCAUCGAUGCGGACCUGGUGCAGGAGGUGAGCCGGCGCGCACAGUCGGACCCACCGCUGCAGCGGCUGCUGCACAUUGCUGCGAAUGGCCGGGCGUCCAACGAGGAGCUGAGGCAGCUUGCGGGCGUCAUUGCGAGGAUCGGCGACGAGAUGAAGGCUGCGGCCGGAGCAACGGGAUCAGCGGCAGGGGCGCCUGCGCCUGCGCCUGCUGCUGGGCCAGCGACGGCGACGGGACAGAGCGCCACCGUGACUGGGCCUCCUCUUUCACAGCAGGCAAAGGGGCAAGCGAAGGGGCCAGCGUCGGCGUCGGCAUCGGCGUCGACUUCGACAACGACAUCGCCAGUCAAGGCAGGCACGGCGGCAGGAACACCGGGAAAGGGAAGGGGAAGGCCAAAGGAUCAAGCAAAUGCAAAGGGCGCCAAGCCCCCGUCGGGCGCAGGGAAGGGUGUCAAAGCUGCCCCUGACGGUGCAGCAGCAGCACUGACGGGUACGAAUGCGACGACGCCGGCAACUGCGUCCGAUGCAGUAAAUGCGCCGCAUGCACAAGGCUCGGCCACAGCAGCGAGUGCUCCACCACCAGCUGCUGCUUCGAGCUCCAGCAGCAGCAACAGCAAUAACAGCGGCGUGCCGGCUUCCUGCCCCAUUAUCACCGUCGAGUUCCGCGAGAACCCAAGUGCGCGCUUCAUCCUGCCCCUCUGGCGACCAGCGACGAUUAUCGAGCGCCGUCUCUCGCCGCAGAGCAACAAGCGAAAGAUGAUCAAGGUCACCAUGUGGCUUCCCGCCAUUGGCUCGAGCGCCGCGCGAGCAGCCAACGCCAUUGCGCGAGGAGGCGCAGCGGGCGACGACGAGGACGACGAGGUGCCCGCGCCUGCUCCCGGCCACCAGCGCGACGCGCCAAAGGGCGCAGAGAGGUAUCCCGUCACUUGGACCAUCACGCCGUGUGCCGACGAGGACGACAACGAGGGCGAGGGAGAGCGCAAGGAGAAGGAGAUACCCGAGUCGCUCUGGGACGCCUUUGGCAGGGUCGAUACCGGCAGCCUUGCCGAGGAGGACAAUGCACUCCUCGAUGCUUUCUUAGAAAAGUACCGACAGGCAGCGCCCAUGUUCAAGACGACACCCAAGCUGCACGUCGCAACCCCGUCCAAGGACCUCCAAGACCACCUGACAGACCGCUUUGUCCCGCGCCUCCACAGCCUGUCCAACCGGCCCGUCGUCCGACUCAAGAAGGGCGACGAUGCGGCGGGCCACGCACACGCUCCACCCCCGCCCGCGCAGUUUGUGCCUGUCUCGCAUUCGUCGUCAUCGUCGCUCUUCUCGUCGAAUGGCAACAACAAGCGCGCGCACGACGACUCAGUCGAGGCGCACGUCAGACAGGCAGGCGAUGAGUCGCCCGCGGCGGCCAAGCCCAAGCGCAAGCGGCACGUCGCGACGCACAACCCCGACGGCACACUCAAGCUCUGCCAGGCCUGCGGCACCAAUACCACGCCCAUGUGGCGACGUGGGCCCGCGGGCAAGAGCACGCUGUGCAAUGCAUGCGGCGCCAAGUGGAAAGUUGGCCGCCUUGUGGUCCCGGAUCACCCGCCGACCGCUUCGACUCCAGCUCUGGCUUCUGCUUCAGCCCCGGCCUCCAAUGCUGCCUCAACGGCGGAGCUAAAACCGACGACUGAAAAGCAAGCGACGACGCCAGAGAAAGACACGUCGCAGGCAGAUUCGAGCAGAGCAGACUAGAAGAGCAGAAGUGAAAUAAGAUGUAUUUGUUCCCUGG